AUUUUCUUCUGAUCCCUCCAGCCACAUGAUCUCACGUCCUCACCAUCAACGCCUCAACAGCACCGCCUCAACCCACGCGUUCUACCACCACCGCCGCCGCCGCCCAAACCACCUUACCUCUUUCACAAACAGAACUACCACGAGUGGACUCAGUGAAGGAUGGGAGGAGGGAACAAGAAAAAGUUUAAUGGUAAAUCCAAGAGCCGUAAACCACAUAGGAACUUUUCAUCAUCAGCUCGAGGCCAAGCCCUUUUCGUGGAAGGCGGCGUCUUAGCCGAUUGGUCUUCCUCCUUUAAUUCUUCUCCCUCCAGAGAGAAGAAUUUGAAUGGUGGGAAUGGAGUCUCUGGUUCUUCCAAGAGGUCUAGCAAUGGAAAGGGGAGGAAAGGUUUGAACUCGGGUUCGGGUUCGGUCUCUGGGUCGGGUUCCAGAAGCGAAUCUAGCAAGACUAGAGGAAAUGCUAUUGGUUACGUGUAUCCUUCCCUUGACGCUCAGGAAGGUUCAUUUGCCAAUGGAUAUGAGGAACGAGAGAGCAAAUUAAAAAAUUCAUGUCCAAUCGUUCUGGUUGAUUCUGAGGAUACCCCGAUUGUUGCCUAUGUAGAUGAGGGUCCCUCCAAGCAUAUUCAAUGCUCGGAAUACAAUUAUGAUUACACUAUGGGUUUCACAUUAGAUGAAAGCUCUCAUAGAGGUUUAGGUUUCCAUAACGAAGCAGAAGAGACUACAGCUGGUAUUGGAAUGUCUGCCAACGCAGAGGAGAAAGAAGAUUUUUAUGAUUCAUCAGCCUCUAAAGAGGAGUUGAAUGUUGACGAUGAGAAUGCCAGUGGUGAUGUUGAAGACGAAUUUCUUGCUGAGACAUUGUCUACCGCGGAGAAUCCGGGAUUUUUAUCUAUAGGUGGCUUGAAAAUAUAUACACGAGAUAUCUCAGAUGAUGAAAAUGAUGAAAGUGAUGGAAGUGAAGAAGAAGGAUUGCUGGAUGAGGAAAGCUUGGAGUCUUCUGAAUCAGAGGAUACCACCGAAACAUCUGAUAGUGAAGAAUCAUCUGAUAGUUCAGAUAUUGAUGAUGAGGUUGCUGCAGAUUACUUUGAAGGCAUUGGUGGGAGUGAAAAUAUUGUAGAUGUUGAUCAGCUGGUGGGACGAAAUCGUCGUUCAUCGCUUGAUAAUGGUCUUCUCAUUGAUAGACUUGACGACACCUUGGAAAAGUUUGGAGGCAUUGCCCUUCAAGAGGCAUCACGAGAAUAUGGCAUGAUGAAGCCUCAAUCAAGUAAAAGGUCUCGUGUCAAAGAUAGCAAAAUUUCAGCUGGCAAGUCUGCCUGGUCAUCAGCUUUGGAUGACAUAAUGGCUGUAAAGGAUCCAAGAACUAUUUCUGGAAGAAAGAAGCAUGAUGCCAAAUUUCCAAAGUCAUGGCCAUUUGAGGCCCAAAAGAGUAGAAAAUUUCGGAAUUCUCCUGGUGAGAAGAAGAAGCAUCGAAAGGAAAUGAUUGCAAUCAAGCGUCGGGAGAGAAUGCUGGGCCGCGGGGUUGAUCUCCAGCAAAUAAAUUUGAAACUGCAGCGGAUGGUUUUGGAUGGAGUUGAGAUUUUAUCAUUCCAGCCAAUGCAUUCUCGAGAUUGUUCCCAGGUCCAAAGGCUGGCAUCAAUAUACCGCUUAAGAAGUGCUUCUCAAGGUUCUGGUAAGAAAAGAUUUGUGACAGUUACAAGAACACAACAUACUUGUAUGCCAUCUUCCAGUGAUACAGUUCGUUUAGAGAAGUUGAUAGGAACUAAUGACAAGGAUUUGGAUUUCACUGUCUACGACAUGGACUCAGUGAAGAGAGAUAGGAAAACUCCUAAGAAGACUUCAAAAGGAGCCAAGUCAACUCCGGAUAAAUUGCAAUCUGAAGAGAACAAAAAGAAACGAAGUGGGAAACGGGGCUCUUUUGCUGCUCAACCUGUGUCCUUUGUUUCCAGUGGUAUAAUGGAUUCGGAUAUGGUUGAGCACUCGGCAAUUGAAACGAGCGAGACAAGUGAUAAUUGCCAAGAAAAGAAACAUGCUUCCAGUUCAAUAAAAUAUGGUGCUUUUGAACUGCAUACUACAGGUUUUGGCUCGAAGAUGAUGGCUAGGAUGGGAUAUGUAGAAGGAUGCGGCUUGGGAAAGGAUGGCCAAGGUAUGGCUGAGCCCAUUGAAGUUCUCCAACGUCCUAAAUCGCUUGGAUUAGGUGCUGAGAUUCCUGAAACAAGUGAUAAAUUGGCAAAAAAGGAAUGCCGACCAACAGUAUCAGGGCUGUCUUCUGAACUCCCGGGGACGAGUAAUAAAUUGGGAAAAAAAGAAUCUGCACAAUUUGCAUCUUUUGAGAGGCAUACAAAGGGAUUUGGGUCAAAAGUGAUGGCAAAGAUGGGUUUUGUUGAAGGCAUGGGCCUAGGGAAAGAUUCACAAGGUAUGAUUAGACCUCUGGUUGCAGUAAGACGUCCAAAAUCCCGAGGAUUGGGUGCCAAUGGUUAAGAGUCCAUGCAUAUGUAUAUUUUAUUUCACAAGGAGAGUUUGUUUCCUCCUUGCUUUGCUAUAUUUCAAGGGUCAGUUCUAAUUUAGUCUAUUCUGUACGCGGUCUGGCUACAAUGUGCUGAUAAUAUUUAUUCUCUUGUUUCCAUUAUCUUAUUGGAGCUCUUCAAGAAGUAAGAAUAAAAUGAAGCAGCAGCAUCCCGAGUACCUCUUAUUAA